AUGGCGGUGGGGAGCGGCCCCGGGGUCGCGGCGCUGUCGUGGAGCCCCGGGGCCGCGCGGACCCCCCCGGGAAGAACGGAGCUGCAGUUGAAGUUGGGGGCGGUGGCGGCGCUGCUGCUGCUGCCGUUGUGCUGCGGCCUCGGAGCGCUGUGCUGCGUGCGCGGCCCCGCGGGCUCCGGUCCUCGCGGCGCCGCGCUCAGCCUGCUGGGCUGCCUGGGGGGCGGAGUGCUGCUCGGCACCGCUCUGCUCGACCUCCUGCCCACCUACCUGGGCAGCAUCGGGGCGGCACUGCGGGAGCUGCGCAUCCCGCUGCAGUUCCCCCUGCCCGAGUUCCUCCUGGCGAUGGGUUUCCUGCUCGUCUUGGUGUUGGAACACGCGGCGCUGGCGCUGCGCGACCGCCCGGCCGGAGCGGAGGAGGACGACGGGGAGGACGAGGAAGGAGCGGACAGAGCGCUGCUGACGGCCGCGGCCCCCCCGUGCCCGUCAGAGCGGCGGCACCGCGUGCGGUUGGCGGUGGGCAGCGGACUCCGCCCGGACGUAUGGAGGGGUUUCGUGCGGCGCUUCGGACCGCUGCGCGUCGUGGAGACGUAUGGGAUGACGGAGGGCAACGUGACGCUGUUCAACUACACCGGGACCCCCGGCGCCGUGGGGCGGAGCAGCUUCAUCUAUAAGCUCUUUUCGCCCUUUGAGAUCGUGCGGUACGAUGUGGCCGAGGGAGCGGUGGUGCGCGAUGAGAGGGGGCGCUGCAUCCGAGUGCGGCCGGGGGAGCCGGGGCUGCUGAUCGCUCCGGUGACGCCGCGGACGCCGUUCCUGGGCUAUGCGGGCAGCCCGGAGCUGUCGGAGCAGAAACUGCUGCGGGGGGCGUUUGCGGACGGCGACACCUUCUUCAGCACCGGGGAUCUGAUGGAGGAGGACUGCGACGGCUUCGUGCGCUUCUGCGACCGCAUCGGGGACACCUUCAGGUGGAAAGGAGAGAACGUGGCCACCACGGAGGUUGCGGAGGCGCUGCUGGCGCACGCGGCACUGCAGGAGGCCACCGUGUACGGCGUCACCGUGCCAGGCCACGAGGGCCGCGCAGGGAUGGCGGCGGUGGUGCUGCGCCCCGGAUGGGCGCUGGACGGCGCGGAGCUGUUCCGACACGUGGCUGCAGUGCUGCCGCCAUACGCGUGGCCGCGCUUCAUCCGGCUGCAGGAGCGCCUGGAGGUGACGGCCACCUUCAAGCAGCGGAAGGCGCUGCUCGCCCAGGAGGGCUGCGAUCCCUCCCGGCUGUCCGCUCCGCUGCUGCUGCUGAACACCGCGGCGGCCGCCUAUGAGCCCAUGGGGGCGGCGCAGUGGGACGGCAUCGUCACGGGGCGCAUCCGCCUGUAGGGCCGCCCCGCGGCCGUCCGGCCGUCCGGCCAUCUGUCCGUCCGGCUGUCCAUCUGUCCGUCCGGCUGUCCAUCUGUCCAUCUGUCCGUCCGGCCGUCCGGCUGCGGUCCCCGCGGCCGUCCCGGGGAAUCCACGGCCAUCCCGAUGGCCCCACGGCCACCCCGACCUCCCACAUCCCACAGCCGCCCCGAUGGCCCCAUAGCCAUCCCGAUGGCCCUAUAUACAUUCCAAUGUCCCCAUAUCCAUCCCCAUGUCCCCAUAUCCAUCCCCAUGUCCCCACAUCCAUCCCAAUGUCCCCACAUCCAUCCCAAUGUCCCCACAUGUCCCAUAUCCAUCCCAAUGUCCCCAUCUCCAUCCCAAUGUCCCUAUAUACAUUCCGAUGUCCCCAUACCCAUCCUGAUGUCCCACAUCCACCCCAAUGUCCCUAUAUACAUUCCGAUGUCCCUCAUCCACCCCGAUGUCCCCAUUUCCACCCCAAUGACCCCAAAUCCACCCCAAUGUCACUAUAUCCGUCCCAAUGUCCCCAUAUCCACCCCGACCUCUCACAUCCCACAGCCGCCCCAAUGUCCCCAUAUCCAUCCCAAUGUCCUUAUAUACAUUCCAAUGUCCCCAUAUCUAUCCCAAUGUCCCCACACCCAUCCUAAUGUUCCUAUAUCCAUCCCAAUGUCCCCAUAUCCAUCCUGAUGUCCCACAUCCAUCCCGAUGCCCAUAUCCAUAUCCCAUAUCCACCCCAAUGACCCCAAAUCCACCCCAAUGUCCCCAUAUCCACCCCGAUGUCCCCACAUCCGUCCCAGCCCCAUUAGGAGCUCUGCCCCCCCCAUGUCCAUCUUCAUGUCCCCAUAUCCAUCUUCAUGUCCCCAUAUCCGCCCCACUGCCCCCAUAUCCGCCCCAGCCCCACCUCUGCCCCCCCCGCAGUGCCUUCCCCUCCUGGGGGCUUUUUGUACCUCACUCUUUUUUGCUAAAUAAAGACGGUUUUGUAGCAAA